UAUUGACUGAUUAACAAUUCAACCAAUAUCCUAAAAACUCCUUUUAUAAAUGAAACUAUUAUCAUAAUAUUAUGCUAGCAUUAGUAGCAUUAUACAUUUAGAAAAUUGGCGUUACGAUAUUUUAUUAAUCUACUUAAAUACUCAUUGGAAUUAUCUAUUCUAAAUAAAAAUGGCCAGCGAAGUCGAAGAUACUUUAAAACGCAUUCAAUCUCACCGUGGUGUAAUCGGUACAAUUGUAGUAAAUAACGAAGGUAUUCCUAUUAAAUCGACUUUAGAUAAUUCAACUUCAGUUCAGUAUGCUGGAUUGAUACAGCAGUUGGCUGAUAAAGCUAGAAGUGUUGUUAGGGAUUUGGACCCGUCUAACGAUUUGAUGUUCUUAAGGAUGCGUACUAAAAAACACGAGAUAAUGGUGGCACCAGAUAAAGAUUUCAUAAUGAUUGUAAUUCAAAAUCCAACAGAAGCACAGUCUUAAGAGAACAAUUUUUUUACAAUAAAACAAAUCAUAAAUUGCACUUAAAUUUAAUUCUAAAUAACAUUCAAAAAUAU